GUAAAAUUUACCAAAUGACGUCAUCAAGACACUACAAACUACGUGUAGAAAUUGAGACAUUUAAUGGAACGCUGAAAUAUGCUGAGUACGGAACGUUCAAUGUUAGUGAUGAAAAUUCCAACUUUACACUUACAAUUGACGAUUAUACUGGGAACCUUGGUGAUGCCAUGCAUAAUAAUAACAACAUGAUGUUUUCGACGAGUGACAAGGACAACGACCAAAGGCUAACUACUUGUGUGAGUGCCACCGGAUGGCAGGGGGGUUGGUGGUUCAAUGGGGAGAGUAAUAAAGUAUGUAGUCUCUCUAACCUAAAUGGAAAAUAUCUCAAUGAAGACCAGAAUAAAUGGACUGCAUACAAAGGAAUUGUUUGGAAAACUAAGUUAAAGGGAGAAUUAUGGUAUUCUUUUAAAUCAUCGAAGAUGACAAUAUUCCCAGUCGAUGCGUCAUUUGAUAAUUUGGGUUUCAACGAAAAUAGCAAUAACGAUUACUAAACUUUGAAAUUCUUUUUUGUUCAGACCUUUAUAUGAUAUAAUACAGGAUUAUGUUUUGAAUUUUAUAAUAUAACUGACAAGUAUCCAGGUACUUAUCAACCUUGGCUUCCUAAUUUUUGCAAGCAUCCAUAGUUAGGGUAUCGGUUCUGCUUCAAGUAACCAUUAAUCCGAUGUUGGUGUUUCUAAAUAUCUACCGGA